CCCGGUGUUUAGGGUAACUGACAUGUUUCUAGCCGAGAACAGCUCACUCCCAGCGGGUCUCUGACCUGUCAAAAAAAAAAAAAAAACCCACCAUAUCAUGGCUGCUGCAACCAUGAUAUGCUGCAGCUUGAAAAAUGCCAGAAAAGUCUUCGCUCGGUGCCGCAACAGGAGCGUCCAGAGGAUGUUUUCCAGCGCUACGCACCAGGAAAACGAGACUGAACUCCGAGAUUCCACUUUGACUGCAGCAAACUUCCAGAGCAGACCCGGAAUGGAGAGGUUAACAGAUAAGAACAUCCUACCGUUUUCUGCUUUCUUGACCGACAGCUUUGGCCGCAGACAUAACUACCUGCGCAUCUCCCUGACUGAGAAAUGCAACCUUCGCUGUCAGUAUUGCAUGCCGGAGGAGGGAGUGAAGCUCACGCCGCGGGCCCAGCUGCUCUCCACCUCAGAGGUGCUGACCCUGGCUCGGCUCUUUGUCCGAGAGGGAGUGGAUAAAAUCCGCCUCACUGGAGGGGAGCCUCUCAUUCGACCCGAUGUUCUGGAUAUCAUUGCUGAAUUGAAGAAGCUGGACGGCCUGAAAACUGUUGCAGUCACAACCAACGGCAUCAACUUGUCCAGACUUUUGCCAAAGCUGAAAGAAGCCGGUCUGGACCUGAUUAACAUCAGCCUCGACUCACUGGUUCCAGCAAAAUUUGAGUUUAUAGUCAGACGAAAAGGUUUUCAUAAAGUCAUGGAAAGUAUUGAUAGAGCAGUGGAGUUGGGCUACAAUCCAGUCAAGAUCAACUGUGUGGUGAUGAGAGGCCUGAACGAGGAUGAGCUCUUAGAGUUUGUGCAGUUCACAGAGAAGAAGCCUCUGGAGGUGCGCUUCAUUGAAUACAUGCCCUUCGACGGAAACAAGUGGAACUUUAAGAAGAUGGUGAGUUACCAGGAGAUGCUGGACCAGAUCCGGCAGCAGUGGCCCAAUCUGGAAAGGCUUCAGUCUGGACCUGCUGACACUGCCAAGACUUUUAAAGUUCCCGGUUUUAAAGGUCACCUGGGCUUCAUCACCUCCAUGUCCGACCAUUUCUGCGGCUCCUGUAACCGUUUGCGUAUCACUGCAGAUGGAAACCUCAAGGUGUGUUUGUUCGGUAACUCUGAAGUUUCCCUCAGAGACCUUCUCCGUUCUGGGGCGUCUGACGAGGAGCUCCUGGAAAUUAUCGGAGCUGCUGUGGGCAGGAAGAAGAAACAACAUGCAGGCAUGUUCAGUAUCUCUCAGAUGAAGAACAGACCUAUGAUCCUCAUUGACAUGUCUGAGAUGUUUCUGCCAAGGCCAGAAAACCAACAGAGGGCUUCAUUCAUCGUCACUGAGCUAAAAAGUGGCCCGCUCCUUUAUCUGUCUGCAUCCUCUGACGAGUCUUGUUCAGGCAUCUGGAGAUUCCUGAACAGAGACGAGUUUCUGUGCCUUCCAGGCUGCACUGCUUUAACACAGACAGCCUUCAGUUGCUGCUUCAAGACCUCAGCGAGUGGCGGUUCACUCAUUAUGACUCAUAUCGGCAAAGAAAAGUGCCACGAUGUGACACCGCUUCACUCCUCGGACUUUGAUUAUGAUCUAGUUUUCACCAGUUUUCACACUAAGACUGCAAGUUUCCCGAAACGCACAAAUAUGAGCUUCAUAAAUGAAGACCGUCUCAGGUACGCACAAGCCAGUGUUCCUAAGGAACCGGGGAGCCCGUUAGUUUCUGCUCUCUGCACACUAAAAACCAAACUGAACCAGAAAAAUCAAAGUGUCAGGUUGUUUCACAGUGGAGGUUCUGCUGAGGAACGCCCAGACCAGACUCCGUUAGCCUUAGACAACGCUGAAGCCCAGCUGACGCACACAGACGCCCAGGGCAGAGCCACCAUGGUGGACGUCGGGGGGAAAGUUCCCACAUGCCGAACGGCCACAGCCAGCGCCACCGUCGUCCUUGGCGACGUCGCCUUCCGCCUCCUCCGAGACAACCAGCUGGCAAAAGGCGACGCCUUGACUGUGGCUCAGCUGGCCGGCAUCAUGGCAUCGAAGCAGACCGCCGCUCUCAUCCCGCUCUGCCACCCGCUCCCGCUGGACCACGCCUCCCUGACCUUUCACCUGGACGAGCCCCGCUGCUCUGUUGUUAUCACCGCAACCUGUCGCACCACGGGACGGACGGGGGUGGAGAUGGAGGCGCUGACGGCCGCCUCCGUGGCGGCGCUCACCGUCUACGACAUGUGCAAGGCCGUAAGCCACGACAUCGUCAUCACGGAUGUUAAACUCCUCCGCAAGACGGGCGGGAAGAGAGACUUUCAACGUCAGUGAACACAGGGAAACUGAACUGGAGGCAGGAUGCAGAAGGUCCCUUUCUGCAAAGCCAAGUGUGCCAUUAAGCAGAGUUCCUACAACUUUUUCAUUACAAAAUCCCUCUUUGAAGAAUCUAAUUACUAGAUUUGUUUGCUGUAUAAUUUCAGCAGAUACUGGCUAUUUGUGUACAAUUAUCUCUGACUCUGCUUGAAUAGUAGUUCAGUUUUACUAUUUUCUAGUUUAAAAAAAUAAAACCAUGCAAGUAUUGUAUUGAGCCAGUGCCGUUUUGGUAUCUGGACCAACUUAGAUCAGCUUUAUUUCCAAAUCAGUAACUCUUUAGUCAAAAAGGGAACAGAUAAUCCAAGACUACAUGGAGAAGGUGGAUUUUGUGAACCUUGGUACUUUUUGUUGAAAAAAGAAAAACAAGAGUUUUUGGGUUUCGUUUAGCAUUCUACUUCAAGUUUAUGAACCACAAGUUCACUUUAUCCUGAAUUUGUUGAGCUGAAACAAGUAAUUUGAUGUAGCAAAUAAAGGUAGAAGCGUUUUUAUCUGAUAUAGAGCAAUGAAAAAUUACAGGAAUAUUAAACUUUGUUAGACUUGUAUUGUAGAAAGAGUAAGAAGGAAAAAUGUCUUAAAAAUCAAACAUUUUCCAUACUCUGUCUUCUUUUUCUAUACUUGAAAUUGCAUAGGAACCCUGGUUAAGGCUAUUUAAAAGCUUCUACAACCACAUCAGGCAAUCUGAUUGUAAUCCCAGCUGACCUUCACUAUACUUGAAUCUUAAUUUGUAAAUCAAAUCAAUUUAACCAGUGUCCAUCCUUUAAUUUUACGUUGUGUCUUGCAGGAAUUCAUUUAUUCCACGUUUUGUCUGCAAACCGUGUUUCUCAGUUAAAAACAGUGAACAUUAACGUUUGCAUUCUGAAUGUCUUUAAUCAUCUUAAAUUAACUUUGAACGCAUGCCUGUCACAUCUCACCUGAUGUGCAUUGUUUUACCUAACAUCAUCAUGAAUGUCUGUACAGUUUUAUAGAGUUAAUUUAGUCUAAUGCAGCUUAACUCAUCCCCAUAGAAGUGUUGAUCUCAUUUUAUGGGGUUCAUUUUUGCAUUUUUAUAGUUCAUGUGACAUCUUAAGUCUAGUUUGUAAGCUAUAUCAAUUCCUCAUUACACAAUUAUGUACCUAAUAGCUAAGAUAUGUGAGGGUCUGAGUGUUGGUUUUUCUCUUGUUAUAGAAAAUAGUUGUAUUCAUUGACCUCCAAAAUCCUUAGUAUUUAAAUUUUUACAAAGAUAUGCAGACGAGGAGACGAGUCUCUGGAGGGUAGUUUACAAAUUUCCAGUAGAAUAUUCUAUUCUACAGAUUCUCCUAUGAAAUGUUCCUUUUGUUCACAGUCUGAAACAUAAUUUUGAUGUGUUUGAAUCCAGAAUUAAAAGUAAAGUAACUGCACACAUUUUACAUCUUCAUGGUGUAUUUCAGUUAAAAGCAGCUUAGUUUUUCUAUGAAAUAAGUUUAUACAGACAUUGGACAAAACAGCCUUGAUCUGCACUAAUGACAGUGUAGAAAUGUAGAACUAAUUUAAUAAACACAUGAUUCUGA